CCGGCAGCGUGUUGUCAUAUGGUUUAAAAAACUGAAUAUUUCUGAUUGUUUGUUUGCUGAGAGAUAAACACGCUGUUGCAUUAAAUUGACGCCAUGCCCAAGGAGCAGUUUCGCGCCUCGGCGCUAAACAAGAAAAUCUCACAUGUGCAGUUCGGCAUUAGCGGCGCGGAUGAGAUCCAGCAGGAGUCGCUGGUGCGCAUCAUAUCGAAGAAUCUGUACCAGGCACAACGGCAGCCGGUGCCCUAUGGCGUCCUGGAUCGCCGCAUGGGCAUCAGCACAAAGGAUGCGCUAUGCGAGACGUGCGGCCAGGGCCUGAACGAGUGCAUCGGGCAUUUUGGGUAUUUGGAUUUGGCUCUGCCCGUCUUUCAUAUUGGACACUUUCGGUCCACCAUCAAUAUACUGCAAAUGAUAUGCAAGACGUGCGCACAUGUUAUGCUAAAGGCUGAGGAUCGUGCCGCAUUUGAGAAGAAGCUGCACAAUCCGAAUUUCUCGUAUUUGGGCAAAAAGGCGCUGCACUCGCAGAUGCUGGCCAAGGCCAAGAAGGUGACCAAAUGUCCGCAUUGCGGUGCUGCCAAUGGUGGCGUCAAGAAAGGACCCGGUCUGCUCAAAAUCCUGCACGAUCCGUACAAGGGGCGCAAAAAGGAUGCCGUCUUCACCAGCCACAUGGACCAGAUGCUGCGCUCCACGGAGCUCAAUCGGGAUCUGAACCUAACGCUGAGCAACUACAGCGCCGCCGAGGAGCUAACACCGCUCAUGGUGCUCGAUCUGUUCGAGCAGAUACCCCAAAGCGAUGUGGCGCUGCUGGGCAUGUGCUCGCGCGGAGCCCAUCCGAAACAUUUGAUAGUCACGCGCGUCUUUGUGCCGCCCGCCUGCAUACGGCCAUCGGUACUGUCGGAGGUGAAGGCCGGCACCACCGAGGAUGAUCUCACAAUGAAGCAAAGCGAAAUUCUAUUGAUUAACGAUGUGAUACAGCGUCACAUGGCCACCGGCGGCAAGAUCGAGCUCAUACACGAGGACUGGGACUUUCUGCAACUGCACGUGGCGCUCUAUUUCCAUAGCGAGAUCAGCGGCAUACCCUUGAAUAUGGCGCCGAAGAAGACGACGCGCGGCAUUGUGCAGCGCCUGAAGGGCAAACAGGGCCGUUUCCGUGGCAAUCUGUCCGGCAAGCGUGUGGACUUUAGCGGUCGCACUGUCAUCUCACCGGAUCCCAAUCUGAUGAUCAAUCAGGUGGGCGUGCCGGUGCGCGUGGCCAAGAUACUCACGUAUCCGGAACGCGUGAAUCCGGCCAAUAUACGGCAAAUGAAGCAGCUGGUGCGCAACGGACCCAGCAUGCAUCCGGGCGCCAACUAUGUGCAGCAGCGCGGCUCCAGUUUCAAGAAAUACCUGGCCUAUGGCAAUCGCGAGAAAGUCGCCCAGGAGCUCAAGUGCGGCGACAUUGUGGAGCGCCAUUUGCGCGACGACGACAUUGUGCUCUUCAAUCGUCAGCCCUCGCUGCACAAGAUGUCGAUCAUGUGCCAUCGCGCCAAGGUGCAGCCGCAGCGCACGUUCCGUUUCAAUGAGUGCGCCUGCACGCCCUACAAUGCGGACUUCGAUGGCGACGAGAUGAAUCUCCAUCUGCCGCAAACGGAGGAGGCACGCGCCGAGGCCCUAAUCCUAAUGGGCAAUCAAUCGAAUCUGGUGACGCCGAAAAACGGCGAGAUUUUGAUUGCGGCCACACAGGAUUUCAUAACGGGCGGCUAUCUGCUCACCCAGAAGGAGGUGUUUCUCACCAAGGAGGAGGCCAUGCAGCUGGCCGCCUGCUUUCUGGCCAACGAGGAUUCCACAAUGCGCAUCCAAAUGCCGCCGCCGGCCAUUUGGAAGCCGCGUCGCCUUUGGACGGGCAAACAACUGUUCAGCCUGCUGAUGCGGCCCAACGAUGACUCCAAUGUGCGCCUCAACAUGGUCAACAAGGGUCGCAACUAUGCCGGCAAUAUGGAUUUGUGCGCCAACGAUUCCUGGAUUCACAUACGCAACUCGGAACUGAUGUGCGGCACCAUGGACAAGGCGACCAUGGGCUCCGGCACCAAGCAGUGCAUCUUCUAUUUGCUGUUGCGCGACUUUGGUGAGGCCUUUGCCACCAAAGCCAUGUGGCGUCUGGCCAGGAUCGCCUCGUAUUUCAUACAGAAUCGUGGUUUCUCCUUUGGCAUCAGCGAUGUAACGCCCAGCGAGAAGCUGCUGCAUCACAAGCAGAUCCUCUUGGAGCGCGGCUAUGCCAAGUGCAACGAGUACAUCGAGAAACUGAAGGCGGGCACCCUCCAGUGCCAGCCGGGCUGCACGCCCGCUGAGACUCUCGAGGCGGUUAUGCUGCGCGAGCUGUCCGGCAUACGUGAGCAGGCGGCCAAGACCUGCUUUGCCGAACUGCAUCCGACGAAUAGUGCUCUGAUUAUGGCGCUGAGCGGCUCCAAGGGCUCCAACAUUAACAUCUCCCAGAUGAUCGCAUGUGUCGGCCAGCAGGCUAUCAGUGGCAAGCGUGUGCCCAACGGCUUUGAGAAUCGCGCUCUGCCGCACUUCGAUAGGCACUCUGCCAUACCCGCCGCCCGUGGCUUCGUGCAGAACAGCUUCUAUUCGGGAUUGACGCCCACCGAGUUCUUCUUCCACACAAUGGCCGGACGCGAGGGUCUCGUUGAUACGGCUGUGAAAACCGCAGAGACGGGCUAUUUGCAGCGUCGCCUGGUCAAGUGUCUGGAGGAUCUGGUGGUGCACUACGAUGGCACCGUGCGCAACGCCAUCAAUGAAAUGGUCGACACCAUUUACGGCGGCGACGGACUCGAUCCCGUUUCGAUGGAGACGCGCAACAAGCCCGUCGACCUGAACCAUCAAUACGAUAAUCUGCGCGCCCAGCUACCCUGCGUCGAGCAGCAGCAGCCGCUGGAAGCCGACGAGAUUCUGGGCGUGGCGGAAACGCUGCUCAAGCAGCCGGAGUUUGCGGAGGCGCGUCUCGACUUCAAGCUGGACAUAACCGCGCACCUGAAGAACAUUGCAAAGCGAAUUGGCCAGCUGCAGCAGCAGUACGGACCGAAGCACAGAUCGCUGUGCAACCAGAUCGAAUGCCUCAGCCGGGAACAGCUGCUGGAGUUUCUGCGCCGGAUCAAUGAUCGCUACAAUCGUGCCGUCAGCGAGCCGGGCACCGCAGUUGGCGCCAUUGCGGCUCAGAGCAUAGGCGAGCCGGGCACACAGAUGACGCUGAAGACGUUCCAUUUCGCUGGCGUCGCCUCGAUGAACAUCACACAGGGCGUGCCGCGCAUUGUGGAGAUCAUCAAUGCGACCAAGACGAUCUCGACGCCAAUAAUAACAGCCGAGCUGCGCAACAAUACGAGCAUGGAGUUCGCGCGCCAGGUGAAGGCGCGCAUCGAGAAGACAACGCUGGGUGAACUCUCCUCCUAUGUGGAGCUGGUCUGCGGACCGCAAAGCUGCCAUCUGGUCAUUGGCAUCGAUGCGGCGCGCAUCAAGGUGCUCGGCCUGCACAUCGAUCUGGACAGCAUCAUGUGCAGCAUACUGAAGUCGCGGCUGCGCAUCAAGCCCGGCCAGCUGCACGCCGUGCCCAAGAAGUCGCGCAUUAUGGUGCGCGUCGAGGCGACACGCAAUGCCACCAUCAAUGCGGAACUGGCCCGUCUGGCGACCACCAUACAGAACGUGGUCGUUGCCGGCCUGCCCAAUAUAGCGCGCGCCGUCAUUGCCGUGGACGAUGCCCAUCAGCCGCCCACCUAUAAGCUGUGCAUCGAGGGCUACGGCCUGCGCGAGGUGAUCGCCACAUAUGGCGUUGUGGGCGAACGGACGCGCAGCAACAACAUCUGCGAGAUCUAUCAGACGCUGGGCAUUGAGGCGGCGCGCACAAUCAUCAUGAGCGAAAUCACCGAUGUGAUGGAGGGUCACGGCAUGAGCGUCGAUUGGCGGCACAUCAUGCUGCUGGCCAGCCAGAUGACCGCACGCGGCGAGGUGCUGGGCAUCACGCGACACGGCCUGGCCAAGAUGCGCGAGAGUGUCUUCAAUUUGGCAUCGUUUGAGAAGACGGCGGAUCAUCUGUUCGAUGCCGCCUACUAUGGCCAGACGGAUGCCAUCAAUGGCGUCUCGGAGCGCAUCAUCUUGGGCAUGCCGGCGGGCAUUGGCACCGGCAUCUUUAAGCUGCUGCAGCUGCACGAGGACAAGCAGGUACCGCCAAUUGAGCCGACCAUCUUUCAUCAGCUGGGCCUGCAUCCGUUUGCCUAGCCCGCCCGCAGCCCGCAGCCCGCCCGCCCGCCAUCAUCCACUCAGUUCCUGUGAAAUGCCAGCCAGUUAGUCCUUAGUCCUUAGUCCAUCUAGUUGGAAUGUGUCGCCAUGUUCCCAGUUUUAGGUUCAUUACGCUGACCUCCAACAAUUACCAAGCGUUAAGUUUA